AUGGCGGACAACAGUUUCGAUGUCAUCAUUAUCGGAGCUGGCAUUAGUGGAAUCGAUGCUGGAUACCGAUUGCAAGAGGGUCUUCCCGACUAUUCGUACGCCAUUCUCGAGGGUCGAUCUGAAAUCGGAGGAACGUGGUCGCUAUUCAAAUAUCCCGGAAUCAGAUCCGAUUCCGACCUUCAUACCUUUGGCUUUCCUUGGGAUCCAUGGAAGGAAGAUCGUGCCAUUGCGGAUGCUCCGUCCAUUCUACGAUACGUGAAGACCGCGGCCGCCCAACAAGGUAUCGAUCAACACGUCAAGUUCCAGCAUAAGGUCGACACCAUGAACUGGUCGACCGAGAAGCAGCGCUGGGAGCUCGACGUCACCGUGAAUGGCUCCGAAAAACGGAUGUUUUAUGCGCGAUUCAUCCUUCUGGGAACCGGAUACUAUGACUACACUCGUGGUCUCAACACCCCGAUCCCCGGUAUUGAGAACUUCAAGGGCACCGUCGUUCAUCCUCAAUUCUGGCCUGAGGAUCUCGACUACACCGACAAGAAAAUCGUCAUUAUUGGUAGCGGUGCUACGGCCGUCACGCUUCUCCCCAGCAUGACCGAAAAAGCUAAAUCCGUCACGAUGCUUCAACGAUCACCCAGCUAUUUCCUCCCCAUCCCACUCGUCGAGCCAAUCGACCAACUCAUCAGGAAAGUCCUCCCAGAGAAAUGGGCAUUCCAACUGAUUCGGAUCCGGUUCCUCAUGAUGGCGUACUUAUUCUUCCAAUUCUGCCGACUCCUUCCAAAACAGGGCAUCAAGACUCUGCGCUCUGCAACCGAGAAGGAAUUGCCCCAAAAUAUUCCCUUUGAUCCUCAUUUCGUCCCGAGAUAUCUUCCCUGGCAGCAGAGGAUGUGUAUCACACCGGGUGGUGACUUUUUUGCGGCCCUGCGCACCGGCAAAGCCGAUGUGGUGACCGAUGCCAUCGACACCGUCACGUCGACCGGCAUCCAACUCAAAUCUGGCGCCCGUCUUGACGCCGAUAUCAUCAUUACCGCCACCGGUCUCAAGAUCCAAUUCGGAGGCGGGGCCAAAGUCUUGGUCGACGGUGAACCAUACCCAAUCAAUCAGAAAUAUAUCUGGCGGGGCGCACUGCUUCAGGACUUGCCCAACUUUGCUUUUGUCUUUGGCUAUACGAAUGCUUCCUGGACCCUCGGUGCCGACGCCACCGCUCAAUUGUGGGUCAGACUGCUCAAAGCAGCUCGCGCGAAGAACAUGACUAGCAUGGUUCCUCGGGUGGAUGAGAAGGACGGUGUUCUUGAAGUGCCGCUAUUGAAUCUGAACAGCUCUUACAUCAAAGCGGCCGAAAAGGAGAAUAUUCUUCCCAAGGGUGGUGAUCGGGGUCCAUGGAAGCCCCGAAGCAGUUAUCUGAAGGAUAUUUGGCAUGCCAAAUUUGGUGAUAUCCAGACCGGACUCCAGUUCUAUCGUGUCUCGAGCUGA